AUGCUUGCGCGCGGGCGGCGAGGCCAGCGAAAGGAAGCAACCAGCCAAAAACACACGUGCGGGGCGGCGACGAUGACGCAGGCCCAGUUCGACGCCGCCGUGGCGUACGUGCGUUCGCUGCCGAAGGACGGCCCCGUGCAGCUCUCCAACGCCGUGCGGUUGGAGUUCUACGCGCUCUUCAAGCAGGCGACGGAGGGGCCGGUGACGGGGUCGCAGCCGUGGUCGGUGCAGUUCGAGGCCCGCGCGAAGUGGGACGCCCGCCACGCCCUCGCGGACAUGCCGAAGGAGGAGGCGAUGCGAAAGUACGUCGCGCGGCUGGUGGAGGUGACGACGGAGUCGGGCCAGCCGUGGAGCCCGCCGCAGUAG